CCCAACCUUUCUCCUUCCUUCCUCCUUUCCCCCUCCCCCCUCCCCUACCCCUCCCCUCCCCUUCCCCUCCCCUUCCCCCUUCCCCAUCUCCCCCCAAGUUAGGCUCCUCGGGUAGCGGUCAUGUCUCCUGUGCUGCUGGGGCGCCCCACCACGAAGCAGUGAGACGCAGCUCCUGACACUUCCUCCGCCCUCCGCCGUGUCAGGAUCGCGCCGAUGCGGCCCCCGGAGGUCAUCGACCCAUCGAUGAGUCGGGAGCCUGACCCAGGGUGCUUUGAUUAAUAAUACAUCGGUGAAACUAUUCAGAAGUGUGGAAAGUACAGAAAAUGUAGUAAUGAAGAACUGUUCAUAAUUAACCUUUCAUCACUGGAGGCUGAAGUAAAAUAUACACAAGGUGCCGCAGGUUAGGAGAGAAACAAGGAUGGUGAAAGAACUUGAAAUCCUGCCAUAUGAUGAUUGAUUGAAGGAACUGAGAAGACAUAAAGGGGAAUAAGAUAUCUAUGUUAAGGAAAGAAGAAGCAAUUUGUUUUCAACUACAUCAUUGCACUCCAUAUACGUUCUAUAUCUUCUCCAGAGUGGAAAACAAAUAUGGCAUUUCCUAGAAUUGUAAUGGAAAGUGAGGAGGAGGACCAUUUUGAAGAUGCCUUUGAAGAAAUUCCAGUACCAACAUCAAUUGACCUUCCUUCAUCCAUAGAAGAAAGUACAAUAGGAUUGUAUUUAUUUCUAAGUAAUAAAUUCUCAGAAGCUUUGGAUUCACUUCAUCCGUUAUAUAAUAAAAGCAUGUACCAUGCCCUUAUCUAUGGCAUUAUUGUGGUUUUUAGGGCCUUCUUGACUUUAAAUCGACAAGAUAUACAAAUGGCAAACACCACAAUGAAUGAAGUUUUGAAAACUUGUGAAAAGUUCAGGAAAAAAACCUCAAUGAUUAGUUCACUGUCUCGUCUAAUUUAUAAAAAAGGAAUAAGCAUAGUUAAGGAAGAAGAAUUUCAUGCAGAACUCUGCUAUGCUCAAAGUUUAUCCCUGAAAGCAUCUUUGAUACUUUUACAAGAAGAAAAUAUGUUUAGUUUUCUCAAAUCUGGAAUUAAUUUUGGGCUAAGUUAUCAAAUAUAUAGAGAUUGUCAAGAGCUAUUUUUACAUUUACCAAACUACCAAAGCAAAACCCAGAAACAUUUGGCUGGAGGAAUAAAAUUUGGAAUUGGAAUAUUCAAUUUGAUAACAGCACUGGUACCACCUAAGGUUCUUUCACUAUUGCAUUUUGUUGGUUAUCCUGGCAAUUUGGAAUUAGGUCUCACUUCACUCUAUGAAGGUGCAUUAUCUUCCAGUAUUAACAACAUACUAUGUUUGUUAACCUUGUUCCUAUAUUAUAGUUACAUCUCUGUAACUCUUGGCACUGGAAAAGAAAAGAAGCAUAAUUUAGAAGCUCUCCUUUUAAGUUAUCUCAGGAAGUUUCCAAACUGUGUCUUCCUUGUUUUUUGUUAUGGACGCUUAAACAUGCUAAAAGGGAAUUUUGACUAUGCAGAGUUAAAACUUCAACAAUGCAUUUUUUUACAAAAUGAAUGGCAGCAGCUUCAUCACUUCUGCUACUGGGAACUUAUGUGGUGCUACAUUUUCCAACAGGAAUGGCGUUCUGCUUACCACUAUGCAGACCUACUCUGUCAACACAGCAAAUGGUCCAAAGCUUCCUACACAUUCAACAAAGCUGUCAUUUUGACCAUGCUUCCUGCUGAAUUUGUGAACUCAGUAGAUGAAGAUAUAUCAUCUUUGUUUUUAAAAGUAGACAGCCUAAAAAUCAAAAUUUUAGGGCAUUCUCUCCCAGUGGAAAACUUUGCUGCUUUGAAAUCUCAACGCUAUAGUGGCACUACCUCCUGGCAUACAGCACAACCUGUUCUGGAGCUUAUGUAUAUCUGGAGUGGCUUCCGAAUUAUUAGAAAAAGACAAGACCUCCUUUCACUCUGGCUAGUACUGAUUGAAAAAGAAGAGACAGUUUUACCGGAAGAACAAAACAAAGAUUAUCAAAUAGAUGACAAGUGUUUGGUAUAUUUACUAAAAGGUCUAUGCCUAAAAUAUCUAGGCAAAUACUGGCGAGCUGAGCUAUACUUUAACCGUGUUAUUACAAAUGAAAAAACGAUCAAGUUUGAUACCUAUUUGGUACCAUAUGCAUACUAUGAGCUGGGAUUACUUCAGUAUCAACAAGGAAAUAAGAAUACAGCAAUAAGAACCCUAAAGCAUAUUAAAAACUUUAAAGACUUUUCCAUGGAGAGCAGAUUACACUUUAGGGUUCAUUUAGCCCUUCAGCAAAUGACUAAAAAGAAAUGAUUUUAAAAUAAGUGGUGAUUUUAUUCCACGUAAAUGUAAUAUCUAAAAUAAACAAGAUGCCAUUAACAAAAAAAA